UGAAGAAUUAUAUGAAGGAAGAGCUCUACAAGAAGCAACAAUUCAGUAUUGGAAGGACACACCUGGUAAAACUGGUUUAAAAGCCAAGUUUUGCCACCCUUCUCAGUUUCACAACUCAUGAUGCUAGGAUCAGAGUAGAGUCUUUUCUGACUACGCUUUCCCCGUAAGCCCUUCCAACUAAAAAUUAUGAAAGUCAAAUAUUUUUAAUACUUUAUCUCAAAGCCUUAAUUGUACAGUUUUUCUUUAGAAAUAUUUACUGUAACUAAAUUUUUAGUAUACAGGUAACUAAGAGAAGCAUUGUCUAGUUAGAGCAAGAAACCUGAGUCAGAAGUCUUGGGUUUUGUUCCCCCUCUAGCACUGACUGACUAUCUAGCCUUAGGCAACUUACUAAUAGCCUGAUUUUCAGAAAUGCUGAGUACCUACAAUUCCUAUGAAAGUCAAUGGCAGCUGCAGAUACUCGGCAUCUUUGAAACUCAGGUCACUGAUUUCUUUGUUUACUCAGGGUACAAAGUAGGAAUAACAAGACUUCCCAAACUCACAGGGGUGUUGUCAGGUUUCAUUAAUUAGAAUUUACAAAGCACCUGGAGAACCUGUGAUAAAAAAUUCAAAAGGUUGUGAAUAUUGUAGAAAACAAAUGUAUACACAAACAAGAAAAUUAAAAGCAUGCAAAUAUUAGUAAUGUGCACAUAUAUACCCCCUUUCAUCUGAAAUUUUUUCCAAGUGCUAUACAAACAAUUAAUUAAGCAACACAACCCCCCUGAGAGAUGAGUGGUUAGUAAUGGUUUUAUCUGACUGAUGGAGAAACACACAGAGAGAAGUUAAGUGAUUUUUCCACAGUUGCACCAUAGGUCAAUGAGAGACCGAGGGCUUCUUUCCUAGAAUUCCUGCUCUAAUCACUGCCAAACUCCCUUGUGAUUAGAAAUAAGCUAAAACCCACAAUUCCUAUAAAAAGGAAUUAUUUUGCCUUUCUUAAGAGGAAAAAAAAGGAAAAAAAGAAUAGUUACAGGACAGUGAUCUUAUUAACUAAUAUACUUGUCAAGGAAAGGAAAGAAUCACAAAGGGAUUCAAACAUACUGAGAUGGUUAUACUAUCUAUCCAUCAUUUCUCUGAAAAUUGCUUAUUGCUCAUCUCAGUUGUGGGAGCCUGACAUAAGAACUUUUCAAUAAAUAUAAGAUUUCUUCUUUAGCCAUCUCUGUAGGUUGGAUUCUGAUUGCAGUGGUUUCUUUCCUUGGAAGAUGUGCUAGUCACCUUGUUUUUGACAAAUAUUAAAGUCCCUUGUCAUCUAUUUUUUUACAGUAGGCAUGGAAGUACUGGUUAGUAUAUUUUUAUAGGCUUUGGAGGGCUCAUAAUUUAUGGCUAUCUUCUAAUUGCAAAUAUAAGGAGGGGCAAUUAAACCAGAUUCUUUCCGGUUUAUUUUUCUCAUCCUGCCCUUAAUCCUUUUUGUUUCCUUCCUCAGUGGGCUAGGGGUUGUCCUAAAUACUAGCUAAGCUGAGAAUGACAGCAUAGUCUUUUUGUGACACAGACUGUGAUGCUACCAAAAGGUAGCUACUGAGUUUAGUCUUAGCUUGACCUGAAACUAGCUAUGAGGUAUCCUCUGGUUCCUUUGGUGAAUGAUUUGACCUUUCCUCUUCUCUUUUUUUGGUUUUGUUUGCCAUUUGGAUUGUUGUUGAUCCUACUGAUUAUCUGGCUUCACCUUUUACUCAGUGAAGCCCAAUUGCCCUGUGCCAAAGAAAUAAAGAAGCCAUCUUCUGAUCAGUCUGAUGACAAUGCAGACCCUAAAUCUGAGAAUGAGUCCCCAGGGAAUAAAAGAUGGAGUGAGAUGCCUGCUAUGGAGUUCCAAAAGGACAUGUGGAUGAAGGCCCCUAUGGGGCCCAAGCCGGCUUAUCUGAGUUCAAAACCAAGAGUCCAAACGAAAGGCCUCUUUACUGCAAUCUCGGAUGGUCUGUCAUGGGCCCAGGGGACAAGGCUAUGUCGCUUUGAGAAGAAUACCCUGUAUAAUACCAUAAUGCUACUGUGCACCCUGCUUCUUUCUCUCAUCUGGAACUUUGGCUGCCAAUUGCUCGAGAUCUCUAAUGUCCUGACGAUUCAGCUGCUGCCAUCAUCUCUGGUUAUCUGCACAGCUCAGCUUUUCACCCUGCUGAGAGAAAAGGUGGUGAAAAUCUUGGAUUCCCUGAGACUAGAUAUCAGAGGGCUGUCUGCUUCAUUCACUGGGAGGAGAUAUGAGAAAACUGAAGCAAAGUGAUGCAGCAAUAUGCAUGGUGGUUCCAAACUGGAGAACUACAUUGGUGUGCAAAUAAAACAAGUGGGGAUGUUGCCACUAGCAGUAACCUAUUCAAUGUCCUUGAGAGCUGUUAAUGUGGAGCAGAGGCAUAGGAAUUCUCUAAUCUUGACUAUGUGUUGCUUUGUUUUUUUCUUUUCUUUUAAUCUACACACAGCAUCCACACACACAUCACAACUCGCUUCCAUGUGGAUAAUAUCAAUAGACCAAGUACUGUCAGUUGAGCUGACACCUUUUGCCAGCACCAACCUCAUUUCAAACACUUAAGGCAAUGAACGUCUGUUGAUUGUUCAAGCACCAUUACGCUCCAAUGACAGAAAAUAAUGGUUCAUAUUUCAAUCAGCCCAUUUUUUUUUUUUGGUCUCUAACUUGUAAGACCCCAAAUAUUAGAGAUUAGCAGAUUUUUCAGUUCUCAGCUCCUGAGAAAUGGAACAAACCUACCUUAGAUUGCUAAUGGGUUCAUUGCUACACAAUAUACAGAGACAUUGGGCACAAGACUUCUCCAUUCCUGCCCAGUGUUCCUGGUGCAUUCUUUUUAAGCACUUAGCAUCUUGUGUAUAUGUCAGGUUGUGCCCCAAAGGUGUACAUUUGCACUCAGAAAUUUAAAUUGCCUCUACUAGGUGCAGGGAUCGUAGGGCUGAUGAAAAUGUGGGGAGCCCCUAAUUUGUGCCCUAAGGGAAUACC